CAGACAGGUAUGUGAAUACAUUGAGCAGACAAGCACUUACACGUCGUUAUGGCGAAACCGAGGGGAUAUAACCUGAAGCACUAUAAAAGCUGCCUUUGGUUUUCAAUGACACAGAGAUAACAUGAACACUAAAAGAAAGAAAUCAUUCAGAGCCGUGAAGUACACUUUAUUUGUGUGUUGCUACAUCUUUUGGGUGUUCAGUGCUGUCCUAAUUGCUGUUGGAAUCUAUGCAAAAGUUGCCAAAGAGUCAGAUGUAGUGGACACGCUGAUGGCAGAUCCAGCGCUGUUGCUGAUCAUUGUGGGUUCUCUCUUGUUCACCAUCACUUUCUUUGGCUGUUUCGGAGCUCUGCGCAACAUCUCCUUGCUGCUCAACAUGUUUGUAGGAGUUUUGCUGGCCAUUCUGCUGCUGCAAGUAACAGCCGCUGUGAUGGGCCUUUUGUUCUCUGAAAAGGUUCAAGAGAGGACAGAGCAGCUGAUGAUGAAGGCGAUUGUGCGCUAUCGGGAUGAUCAGGACUUGGAAAAUGUUAUUGAUUUUGUACAGAAAAAGUUCAAGUGCUGUGGGGUGGAUUCUUUUUUAGACUGGUCUAAAAACAUGUACUUCAACUCAUCAGACCAAAAUCCCAGUCUGGAGGCCUACGGAGUGCCCUUCUCCUGCUGCAUACGGCUAAAGAAUGAGACUGUGUUCAACUCUAUGUGCGGCUAUGAGACCCAAAAGAUAAAGAAAAGUGUGGCUAGUCGGCUCAUCUACACCACUGGUUGUCUUGAUGAGAUCGUCUGGUGGGGAAAACAGAACCUUCUGCUGGUCGGAGUGAUGACCCUCAUCCUACUGUUCCUUGAGAUAUGUAUGAUGUCACUGGCUUCAGUACAGCUCUGUCAAAUCAGAACCGUUCAACAGAAGAGGAGGAAUUCUAACAGGACCCAAAACCUUUGUUGCAACAGAAAGUCUUGACUGGUGUUAUACGCCCACUUUUCACCAUGUGCUUGCUUUGGAAUUCAAUGACGCACUGCCAUUGAAAUACCAAGUUAUAACAUGUUACAAAUUAGAUGCAAAGACUGUGAUAAUUCCCUUUAUUAUACUGUGAGUUUCUAAGCCAAAAGCUGUGAUUAAUGAAACCUUAUUGUAAAGUGUUACUGAUAAUAUAAAUAAACAAAAAUGUGUUUGAUUGUUUUAGGUUAGUAGUGAUUUAGUUUAACUUAACAUGAACUAAGAAUGAACAAUAAUUCUACAGCAUUUAUUAAUCUUAGUUAAUGUUAAUUUCAACAUUUACUAAUACAUUAUUAAAAUCAAAAGUUGUAUUUCUCAACAUUAAUUAAUGCACUGUGAACUAACAUGAACAAACAAUGGACUUUUUUUAUUAACUAACCUUAACAAAUAUUAAUAAAUACUGUUACAAAUGUAUUGUUCAUUGUUAGUUCAUGUUAGUUAACAUGCAUUAAUUAAUGUUAACAAUGAAACCUUAUUGUAAAGUGUUACCAUAUCUGUAUUGUUAAUAAAAUAUAUUUUACAACA